GAGAUGGGAAAAGAGAGCUUCAGGAAUGGGACAGAGUCUAUGAUUAUGCUCACUACAAUGAUUUGGGUGAUCCCGAUAAGAGUCAACACCAUGUUCGCCAAACUCUUGGAGGGUCUGCUGAUUUCCCUUAUCCUCGUAGGGGAAGAACUGGCAGAGAACCCACCAAGACAGAUCCUAAGUGCGAGAGUAGGCUGAGUCUUCUUACAAGCAUAAAUGUUUAUGUUCCAAGAGACGAACGGUUUGGUCAUGUGAAGAUGUCCGACUUCGUUGCUUACGGUUUCAAAGCCUUGGCUCAAGUCGUUAAACCUGUGCUAAAUUCCAAGUUUGAUGAUACCCCGGGAGAGUUUGACAGCUUCCAAGAUGUACUUGACAUGUACGAAGGAGGACUUCCAAUGCCUUCAGGAUUGAUCGAAGAGAUAAGAGAAAGCAUUCCUUCUCAGAUGCUGAAGGAAAUGUUUAGAACUGACGGUGAAAGAGGCCUCAGAUUUCCAAUGCCUCAUGUCAUUAAAG